AUGGCUGCCAUUGACAAUGCCGGCGGCGACACUAGUACUGAUGUGAGUGGAUCAAACAGCAGCAACAACAACAACAAAAAUAGUACUAAGAGUACCCAUGUCGGAGCUUCCCUUCCGGUGACCGGCGUCUGUUCCAGUAUCAGCACCGGUAGCAGCAACAGCAGCGAAGAAAAGACGACGACUAAUCGGCAAAAAACCGUAGGAGGAGGAAAAAUGGUCCGGAAAAGAAUGGCUUCCGAGAUGGAAGCCGUACAGACCGCCACCACCGCCGCUGCAGAUUACCUCAGGCUCUCCCGUCGGAGCAGCACCGUGGCGACCACUUGCGCGGCCGCCACGAUGACCAUCGGGUUCUCGUUCCCGACGGUGGUAAAUGAGGGCGAUGACAACGACGACGUCGUUUUUAAUAGUAAUAAUAAUAAUAAUAUUAGUAGUAAUCAGAUGAGCAGGGUGAUGAGUUCGGUUGUUCCCAACUACUCCACUAUGCUGGCACCACCACUACUACCGCCACCAUCUCCACAGCCACAACAACAAUGUUCAACCAAUUUGACCAAUCUGACGUCAGGUGGGGUUUUAUCUUGUUCCUCCGCUUUCAUCGACCAAUCCAAUCCAAUCCAACUUCAUCAAUACAAUCAAUAUCCUCAAAGGUCUCAGCCACAGCCGCCAACUACGACUCAAUCGCCCGCCGUCUGCGGGUUCUCGGGCCUUCCGCUGUUCCCGCCGGAGACCAGCCGGGAAACCAACAGCUCUUCCGCCAACAACAAUAGUAUUCCCAGCCCGAGUAGUGGUACUUUAAGGACCACGACGACGAGUACAACUUCUUCCAUGGAGGACAACAACCACAACAAUAACAAUCACCACAACACAAAUAACAAUAAUAACUCGGCCGCCACGGCGUGGAUCGACGGGAUCAUUAAGGAUCUUAUCCAUAGUUCGAGUAAUGUCUCGAUUCCGCAGCUGAUCCAGAACGUGAGGGAUAUCAUCUUCCCUUGUAACCCCAACCUCGCCACCCUCCUCGAGUACCGUCUCCGCUCUAUAAUAUCCGAGUCAACCGCUCCUCCUUUGAUGUCCAACCUCCCCAUUACGACGUCGUCUCCGUCGCCGUCUUCUCAACCGACUUUUGGCCCCGACCACAUGUACUUGCACUGGGGAGGAACGGUAGGUGCCGGAGUAAUUCCCACGAUUCUUCCUCCGGCCGUGGAAGAAGUCCAUAACCAACACCAACACCAACAACAAGAACAAGAGAAUUCUUCUCCCAAGAUGGAAGAAGUGAUUACAACGACCGCGACCACGGCCACAAUCACGACACCACCUUCAAAUCAAGCACUACUAAUUAGAGAGAAGAAAGAGGAGUUGCGGCAGCAGAAGCGGGACGAGGAGGGGCUCCACCUCCUGACCCUCCUCCUCCAAUGCGCGGAGGCCGUCUCGGCCGACAACUUUGACGAGGCGAACAAAAUCCUCCUCGAGAUCUCGGAGCUGUCAACGCCAUUCGGGACGUCGGCGCAGCGCGUGGCGGCCUACUUCUCGGAGGCGAUGUCGGCCCGGCUGGUCAGCUCCUGCCUGGGGAUAUACGCGGCCCUCCCGGCCACCUCAAUUCCCAUCAUCCACACCCAAAAGAUGGCCUCCGCAUUCCAAGUCUUCAACGGGAUAAGCCCGUUCGUGAAAUUCUCCCACUUCACCGCCAACCAAGCAAUACAAGAGGCUUUUGAGAGGGAGGAGAGAGUUCACAUAAUUGAUCUCGACAUCAUGCAAGGGCUGCAAUGGCCGGGGCUGUUCCACAUCCUGGCUUCGAGGCCCGGAGGCCCACCGUACGUGAGGCUGACGGGGCUGGGGACGUCCAUGGAGGCCCUGGAGGCCACCGGUAAGCGGCUUUCGGACUUCGCCGAUAAGCUCGGCUUGCCGUUCGAGUUCUUUCCGGUGGCUGAGAAGGUCGGGAAUUUGGACCCUGAGCGGCUCAAUGUCAGCAAGAGGGAGGCUGUUGCUGUGCACUGGCUGCAGCAUUCUCUUUACGAUGUCACUGGGUCUGAUACCAACACGCUCUGGCUUUUGCAGAGAUUGGCACCGAAGGUGGUGACCGUUGUAGAGCAGGAUUUGAGCCACGCGGGGUCGUUCUUGGGGAGGUUUGUGGAAGCAAUACACUACUACUCGGCGCUGUUCGACUCGCUGGGGGCGAGCUACGGGGAGGAGAGUGAGGAGAGGCAUGUGGUGGAGCAGCAGCUGCUGUCGAGGGAGAUAAGGAACGUGCUGGCAGUGGGAGGCCCCGCGAGGAGCGGGGAUGUCAAGUUCCACAACUGGAGGGAGAAGCUGCAGCAGUCGGGCUUCCGCGGCAUUUCCCUCGCAGGAAACGCCGCCACGCAGGCCACGCUGCUCCUCGGCAUGUUUCCUUCGGACGGAUACACGUUGGUGGAGGACAAUGGCACACUCAAGCUUGGCUGGAAGGACCUGUGCUUGCUCACUGCUUCUGCUUGGAGGCCUGCAGCAUUUCAUGCCACUGCUGCAACUCUUCACUAUUAAUUAUAUGUCAUGAUCUCAAGCACUGAGAGUUGCUGUUUUCACAUUUUGUCUUUUUUUUUUUCCAUCAAAUCAAGGUGCAUGAUCAAUAUGUUCUUUACAGUUACCAAUAUGAGAAAAAUACUUGCCAGGGUAGAGCUAGAAACUGGGAGGUAUAAGCUGUUAUUGGUAGGCUCCUGAUCAGUUUGAGUAUGCAUUUUGUCUGCAAUCACCUUUCAUGAGCCGGCCAAUCUUAGUCUUCCAGCUUCCCCCUUCUGUGUACGUCGGUUUUUACUAUUUGUUUAUUCAUUUUUUCCUGUUGCAAUUUACUUGUUUCGUUAGAAG